AUGGCGUUGGGCUCGGCAAGAUCCGCGACUGCGAUGGCCAUGGCUGGGGCUUGGCCUCGAACGGCGAUUUGUGGCAUGCCGGCGACGCUCUGCGGGCCGGCCGGGCCAGGCACGCUCGUCUUCUACCGCCAUCGGCACUACUCGGAUUCGAUCGUCCUCCAAGCGUUCUCCGGGGUCCGCGCCUACUACGAGAAAGCGUUUGAAGCGCUCUACCCUGCGGUGCAUCUGCAGCAUGCUGGCGAAGCGGUGCGCUUAAUCGCUGGCGCCGAUAUCUUUCUGCCACCCGUGCAUGAGCUCCACGGUGCACCAGACGCACGCAUCACGAUGCCCAGUGUCGUGACGCGAGCGUCCUUGCCGCAUCUUUGGAAUGCAUCCCGCGCCGUGGAUCAGCACGAUGCGCUCGUUGCGCUGCUACCGGCACUGCUCGAGCUGCUGCCGACCGUGGACGACGAUGCGUUCGACCAUGUGCUCGCCGUGCUCUGCAACCUCCUCCACCGCACGUCCACCCCGCCCAUGAUCCCGCCCUCCAGCAUCGCCGUUCUCUACGACCGCAUUCCCCAGCGAACUGCGUCGACGACCUUGCCGUGGGUGCUCUUGGCGCUCGAACCUCAGUCUCCGCCGACGAUCGACGUCGUGCCGAGUCUAUGUACCACCUUGGCUUCGACGUUGCAACCGUACGCGCAGCAAGCCUACGUCGCGCUGCUCCUUCGCCUUUCGUUACGACUCUCGAUCGACGACGCGCUGUUGCCGCUCGAGCUGCACCUACCGGUCUACCCGCAUCUGCACGUCGCAUGGGUUUGGCUUCUGCACCGCGUCGCGCCUGCGUUUGUCGGACCUCCAGACACGCCCCUCGUACUCGCCUUCCGCCGCUUCGACCCAAACUGGCUGCAAGCGGCGCUGCUCGCUGAGACGGCGCGGCUGCCGCAUGUCGCGGUGCCGACCGCCUUGGCGGCCAUUCAGCGCCAGGCGUGCGACGAUCUGCAGCGCAUCGGACUAUGCGAUAACGCGCCCUCCGUGCCGCCCGCCCGUCCUCGCCAACCCGCCAAAGACACGUGGCAAGAAUGCGUCGAGCUCGUCUACUGCCGAGACGCCCGCGGCCUCGUCGCCGCGUAUGCACGAGCGACCGCCGAGCUGCGCGGUGCGCUCUUGUUGCAGCGACGACUCCUCGAUGAAGUCGCCAGCAGGCGGCGGCAGUGGGUUCUGCCCAACGACGAGACGCCGGUCGUGUAUGCCGAAGCUCCGAUCGUGGCCAGUCUCUUGCACGCGGCACCGCGACUGCUCGUGCCGAUUCUGGAGCACGCUGGGUACCUCGGCACCGCGCCGGAUCGCCCGAAAGCGCAUGUGCAUAGCAUGGCGCAUCUGCUCGUUUGCUCGCUCCUGCGCCAGAAUGCGCUUCCAGAGGCCGUCGCGGACCUUAUCACGCGCAGCGGCAGCGACUCGGUCUUGAGCCGCGCGCUCGUCGACGCCUUCCUCGCAACGGUCGACAUGACCUUUUGGCGCCACGAGCUUCGACCAAUUAUCAACUGGUUCCUCACGACAGCACAUGCGGGCGACGACGAUGACGACGUCUUGCUCGAGUACGUUGCGUGCAGCCUGGCGCUGCGCAUGGCGAAGGCACUGGAGCAAGGCACCUGUCCAUCGGAUGUGCGCACGCUCCUCGUAGCACUCUCGACAUCCGACGCGGUCGUGGAUGUCGUUCUUCUCUGGGUGCAGCUGUGGAUCGACGCUCCCGAAUGGUGCUUUCGCCCGACAGAGUACACGCCAGAGCAAACCGCGCGGGCCCAGUCGCUUCUCGCCCACGUCGUGGCGUCGGGGCAUCUUCGCUCGGCGUUAUUGGACGCCGAUCUUCCGUCGCAUCUUGCGGCUACCCAGUGCGAAGAUGAAAGUGUCGACGACCAAAGUACAGCGGCGCCGCUGACAUUUUGUGCCUUGUACGGUGUCGAGAUUGUUCAGCUCCUUAAUGCGGCCACGAGUGCCCUGGCGGCAUGGACGCCAACGACGCCAGACGACGCAGCGCUGCGCUUGGAGCUCCAGCACUGCUUGCAGUCGCCGACCGACGAUGGCCCGAGCAUCGACGUUGUCGUGAGCGCCAACCCACUCAUGAUGACCUUGAUUGCAUCACAGUCGCUGCCGCUCACGAUGCCGCGCUUCUCACUGCCGAUCGAAGACAUGCUUACCAAGGUACUGACGCUGCUCCAAUCGCCCGCUUGGACGUCGCUCGUCACUGCCACCAUCAGCACGCUACCAUCGUCUUCGCCAGCGUCGCUGCUCUGGGAGAAGUUGCUCGCUGUCUGUCCCGACGGAACGCUGCGCGGUCGCCUUUGCGACUUGAUCGACACGAGCCGGCUUGCCGACACGAGCAUCGACGCGUUGGUGCGUGGGUUGCACGAGGUGGCGACGUUCCAGGCGUCGCAGCAGACCUAUAUGGCGUCGGCGACCGUGACGGCGUCGGUUCUCACGGCGCAGCUACGACCGGCGAAUGAAAUGCUUUCGGCGCGGCUCUGGGAAAGCCGAUUUUACCGCUUUUUGCGCCUUCCGAUGAUCGCGGCCAUUGCGCGCGAGGCGCGGGCGACGCUCAAAGCCACGGAGCUCGCCGUGUGUCACUGCCGCGUCGGUCUCAACACGCUCUCGCAGUGCCACGGCUGCGAGAUCAAGUGGAGCUCGUUCGAGACGAGCGUGGCCGGCAGCUGGCUCCACGUCCAGCUCCAGCUGUCGCAUGACUUGAACGCAGCGUUUCGAGUGCUGCUGACGUCGCACCAAAACCGCGUCAAGUACUUUGCCUCAGAUCGAGCUGCUUCCUGGAAAGCGUCGACAACGAACCGGGCAACGUCGGCAUUUUCGCUGGUUCAGAUGGCGCCUCGCCACUUGCCACCGUUGGCCGCCGCCGGGUGGCACGACCACGUCCUCCUUGACCGACUGCACGCAGCAGAGUCUCCGACGUGGCGCGACUGGCUCUUCCUAUCGGCACUUCUCCCAUCGCGACCGCUCUUGUGUCCAAGCGUCGUCCAGGAUGCUGCGCUCUACGACCAACUCGUCUUGCUCGAACGACUCUUGCCGAGUGACGUGGGCUUGGCCGACGACGCAGUGGCCGUGCGCUACUGGACGCUGCAGGUGCAGCGCGCGACGGUGCCAACGCUGCUGCCCGAUACGGCGCGACGGCGUCUGCGGGCCCUCGUCCGGCACGUGCCGCCGCAUCUAUUGGCGUUUUGCGUGGCCAAGGCGCGGCCCCGAAGUCUCUUUUCGGUCGUCCGCAACUGCUACGUUUGGGCGACGCUGCACGCGCCGAGUGUGUCGUUUGCAGCCUUCGUCGCCACCGAGGGAUGGCACCCCUUGCUGCUCGCGGGGCUGCGAACGUUUAGCGAAAAGGGCGGCGAGUGGGCCGUCCGGAUGCACGAGCGGCUUCAGCGCCAUGUUGUGGCUCGAUCGCUCCUCGACGAGACCUUGCGUGUCUGCCCCCUGCAGCGGCUCUGCGCCGUACUCGACAUUAGCGCGGCGUUCGAGGACCGCGUCGUGCUUGCUGACCAAGGACACGUGGCUGUUGCGAGUGUGCUACUGGACGCACCCGUGCCGUGGCUCGAGCUCGUGCUGCACUGCGAAGGCGACCCGAUGCUCGUGCAGCACCUCCUGGACGGCGACGUUGCCGCGCUGCGCAGCAUGGAGCUCCGCCAGCUCUUGCGCGUGGUGCCGGCGACAGGCGGGCGCUUCCUCUGGUCGUUGGUCAAGCCUCUUGUCACGGAGCUUGUCCAGCGCGAGAGCCGCGUCGAGCCUGGCAUGCGAUGCGUGCUGCGUCAUCUGCAGUGUAUCGAGCGCCUUGGGUACGCCUCUGGCUUUGACGUAUCGCCGUCCGACGGCGAAAGCCUCUCAACCGCGCUUCAGCGUCUCCAAACCAAGCACGACGACGUCGAAUGAGAUCCCCGCACGACCGAUGAAGGGUUAGGGAUGCA